GCACGCGCCUCCACCACCACCGCCGCGGCCGUGUCAGCCGCUGCCGAGCCGAGCUGCCAAAUAGUCCGCCAGGCCAGGCAGCACUGGCAGGCUUGCACAGGCUGCUGCUGUGCUGAUCGUCGCGCGGUGCUGUGUGCACGGACACAACGACAGACAGACAAGACAGACAGGCCGCCCCCGCGCGCGAUACUGUCGUUUUGUUGUUGUUGUUAUUUAUUAUUGUUUGUUUGUUGUUGUUGUUGUUGUUUUUUAUUUAUUUAUUAUUAAUUUGUACGGGGCAACGGAUCUGUGAUUUUUUUUUGUUUACGCGGCGCAGCAGCAGCGGUGGGCAGAGCAAGCGACACACGCGAGGAUCUAUCAUCGCCGUCGUCAGCAGUAUUACUUUACGCAUAUAAGGAAAAUAUACACAACACACGGACACGUAGAGUUCGUGUCCAUCGUCGUCUUCGCGUAUACAUCAUCGUGGUCGUCAUGUCGUCGAGCUUCAGUCACGACCCCGAGGCGUGGGUGCCGCUCUCGCUCACCCUCGUCGAGUAUCCAAAAGGCAAUUUACUAGGCUUAAUACUGGCUAUCAUUAGUCUUACUCCAUUUGCCGUUAUAGCUGGUUUUUUAACAUUGAUGAUUUUUAGGAGAGAUUUACACACUAUUGCAUUUUUUGGAGGCGUAACUGCCAAUGAGAUUAUUAACUUUUUACUCAAGCACACAAUUCAAGAAGCUCGACCUAUGAGAAGAGAUGGCCUGUACUCUGAAUAUGGAAUGCCAUCAACUCAUGCACAAUUCAUGUGGUUUUUUGCCACUUACAUGACUCUGUUUAUGAUAUUCAGAUCUCACCAAAACAAUAAUAUUUCGUUGUCGGAGAGAUUUUGGCGAUUACUUACCAUGGGAAUAUGUAUUGGUUUUGCCAUAUUAGUGACCUACAGUAGAAUUUAUCUGCAAUACCAUUCUACUUCUCAAGUAUUAUGGGGGACUGUUAUAGGAAGUGUUUUAGGUAUUAUUUGGUUCGUAAUUGUUCAUCUAGUUCUAACUCCAUUCUUCCCAGUGAUUGUAUCAUGGAAAAUAUCAGAGUAUUUACUACUUCGAGAUACUACUCUUAUACCAAAUAUUUUUUGGUUUGAGUAUACAAAUGUACGUACAGAAGCUAGAGCUCGUGGAAGGAAAUUAGUGUCCAUGAAGUCACAGUAAUUGACUGAUAUACAACAUGUGUUCAUCCUAAAAAAGUUUUACACAUUUUAGCCAUGUUGACUGAUUUACAAAAAUAUUUUCAAAUAAUAAUACGAGAUAAUUUGAAGAAUUUACCAAUCUUGAAAUUUGGUUUUUAAAGGAAAAUAUCAUAUAGAGGAGAGUAUAAAAUAGCAUGAACAAAUAACUUAUAAUUGCAUCAUUAUAAUCAUUGUGAAAACGAAAAAGUAUUGUAAUAUAUAAUUGAAUUUCAAAAUACAGGGUCACAACGUGGUGUAGAAAAAUACUUAGCAUAAUUGUUUUCCAAAAAGUAACGUUUUUUAGAAUUUCCAAGCAAUUAUUAUUAUUCAAUUGUAGCAUUGCUGAAAAAGUAAAACUUAGAAUGGUCCUGGAGUCCACAGAAGAUCGAAACUGAAGUUUGGAAAAGAUAGAUCCAACACACUUUGAUCCAUCUUUUCCAAACGUCCCUUCUGUGGGCUCCAAGACUAGAAUUAACGGAUGGGUAUCGUAUUAGUUUCAAAUGGCCUAAACAGUUACUUAUUUAUAUACAUGUUUUUACAUAAAUCAUCAAAAUAUAUAUACAGGAAUACAUAAGUAGAUCUUGUUUCCAUCAGAAUUGUAUCUUAGAGUGAUAAUGAAGUUUUUUAAUAGAUGGUAUUGGCAAUAGAUUUCGAAUUUUGAUAAUAAAAGAUUCAAUGGAUAAUAAAUUUAAGAAAAUAAGCAUGUGUGAUUGCACUAGAAUAAAAGUUUCAAUGUGAGAAUGAUGUGUAAAUACACGUAAUUUUUCCCUCAUAAGUUUUCGAAUACUUUACACUUUAAUUCAAGGUGUGAUUUGUAAAAACUUGUACGUAGCAUUAGAAAAAUUUUAGAGUGAAUUUUUUAUUGUUUUGUACAAAAAAAUAUAAAUUUUUAUUGUAAGGAUUUAUUGUUUACAAUGAUAUUACUGAAUAAAGAAACCAGUUAUUAAUGAAA